AUGCAUAUAUAUAGUGUAAGAAAAAGAUUUUAUUUUUCAUUACCCACCUCGAGAGAAUUAAAAAAUAUAGUAAAACUGCAAUUACUCGAAAGGCAGGAUAAAGAGAAAAUUAUAAACAUCUGGAAGGAAAGGUAUAAAAAUGACAAAUAUGUCGUAACAGAUUAUAUAACUAUAAAUAAAUAUGAAUUGAUUAAAAAUAAUUGUAAAAAUAAUUCUCAUUUUAUUAUUCCACAUAUGAACCAAAAUGGGUACAUAAAUUUCUACUGCCAAUUUAUUGACGACAAGUUGGUAUUCGUCACAGCUCUUGGAGAUUAUAAUAAAUUUAGAUCAAAUUCAAUGCCAUAUGUAACAUUAAAUUUUUUUGAUGAAUUAAAGAAUAAGGAAAUUAUUUUAACAAAAUUAAAUAUUCUAAAUAGUACAAUUACAAAAAAUCAAGCCAUUAAAUUUUAUAAUUACAUCUUGUCCUUUUAUUCGGACUUUAAUUAUUUUCAGUAUGUUAACAAAUUUAAUAAUGACAGCAGAAAUUUUCACUAUGAAAGCUUUUUCAAUAAAUUUAAGCAUAUGUUUUAA